CGUGCUCAUCCUCCACUUCACUGUGGAAGAAGACACCACGCUAAGUUUCUGGAGGCUUCUGGGGUUUCUGACGUGGUUUUGCUAACGUAAACCCACCAUUAGCUAAAACCCCCCCGGCGUUAGCAGCUCUUAAUUUACCUCCACGCAGGUACAAACACUCCCAGGAAAAGCCCUGGUCAGACGCACGCGAGGGCAUUUGGAGGCGAACCACAGCGUCUCACCCGUCCGUCCUCACCCCUCCCCGUCUUUGUCGUCACGUCGAGCCGCUUUGCAUACCGACUUCCUUCUCCCGCCGGUCCCCAUCAGCCAGCCGGCCAGGCGAGCAGCAGCAGCUGAUAACAUGACGGGAGGAUACAGUGUCACGGAGAGCCACGCAGAGCCGACUUUAAAAACUUCAUUCGGGAAGUAGGCGGAUGUCGUGUGCGACCGACAUCCAACUCGGAGAAGGACGACACGGAGUGGAGCGGAGAAAUGGAUAAUAUCUGAUGCUACCGGGAUUUUUGUUGUUGUUUGUCUUGUUCGACGCGAAGAGGCUGAAUAUGCCGGUGUUUGGAAGUACGCGGAGUGUUUUUCUUCCCACUCACAGCUCUAACCUAAGGAUUUAAAUCGCCGCUUUUUUUUUUUUUGGCUAAUUGUAGCCCCUCGAUUAAAACAAAACAAAAAACAAACAAAAAAAAAACGCUACUUGUGCGUUGCUGAGUUUUUAUUUAUUUUUUUUUAUUUUGUAUUUUUUUUAACGUCGCAGUUAGUGAGCGCGCUUUCCUGCAGGCUUCAUGUGAUUUUGUAAGCUAAUCCACAUUUUUAAAUGUAUAAAAUUAGCCAUGGGGUGGCCCCCCUCUGAAACAGCCUGUGAAACCAUUAGGAGCGCCUCUCGGCUCCCCUUCUUCACCCACCUUCCAUCAACAUUUCCUGUUUGCUAGCUUUUCCCCUCAUUACAGGUGUCUUAUUUGUUUAUGUUUUAUUUAUUUUUGCGACACCGCAUUCAUUUUUUUUUUUUUUGCAGUUACAACCUAAUUCAGAUUUUUCUUGUUUGUUUUUUUUCAAAUAUUCAUCUUUACGUUAAGGCUGCUAACUGCUGUGUGUUUUGCAAUCAAUUAACUAACCCCGCCAACCCUCCCCCGCCCCCCAUCGCAGGACACGAAUCCCCCCGUUUUCCCGUCCUGAUUUCCACCAUGAGUUACAUGGUAGUGAAUGUAUUGCUACGUGGACUCGUCAUCUAUGCGGUACUGGGCUCGGAGUGCUCCUACUCCAACGAUCUGCCGAGCCACUCGUCUGACGCUGCAAAUGUAGCCAUCACAGACCCGUGUCUCAUCGUGAUGCCGCCAUGCGUGGGCGAGGCCGACCGCUUCAGCCUGGAGGCGCUGCGGCACAUCCACAAGCAGCUGGACGAUGACAACGACGGAGGGAUAGAGGUCAACGAGAGCUUGGAGUUUAUAAUAGAAGACAUGAAGCAGCAGCAAACCAACAAACACAGCAACCUGCACCGUGAAGACCAGCACAUCACAGUGGAGGAGCUGUGGAAGGGAUGGAAGAACUCUGAAGUCCACAACUGGACCAUGGAGGACACGGUGCAGUGGCUGAAGGAGUCGGUGGAGCUGCCGCAGUAUGAGAAGAACUUCCGGGACUUCCGGGUCACAGGGAACACGUUACCUCGAAUAGCGGCAAACGAACCGUCGUUUAUGUCCAUGCAGCUGAGGAUAUUAGACCAGCGGCACAAACAGAAGCUCAACCUGAAGGCGCUCGACGCCGUGCUUUUCGGGCCUCCUCUUCGUCCGCAGCACAACUGGGUGAAAGACUUUGUCCUGAUGGUCUCCAUUGUGAUCGGAGUGGGAGGCUGCUGGUUCGCCUACAUUCAGAACAAAUCCAGCAAGGUGCACAUUUCUCAGAUGAUGAAGGAUCUGGAGAGCCUUCAGAACGCUGAGCAGAGCCUGUUGGACAUGCAGAGCCGGCUGGAGAAGGCUCAGGAGGAGAACCGGACGGUCGCCGUGGAGAAGGAGAACCUCGAGCAGAAGAUGAGGGACGAGAUCAUCGACGCCAAAAAGGAGGCCCACCGGCUGCGAGAGCUGCGAGAAGGCGCCGAGUGCGAGCUCAGCCGGCUCAAAUACGCCGAGGAGGAGCUGGUCCAGGUGCGGAAGGCUCUGAAGCGGGCGGAGAAGGAGAUGCAAUCCGAGCGCUCCGUCCCCGAGGCGCUGCAGAAGUGGCUGCAGCUCACGCACGAGGUGGAAGUUCAGUACUACAACAUCAAGAAGCAGAGCGCCGAGUUCCAGCUGUACGUCGCCAAAGACGAGGCAGAGAAAAUAAAAAAGAAAAGAGGUUCUGUGUUCGGAACCCUUCAUGUCGCCCACAGCUCGUCCCUGGAUGAGGUGGACCACAAGAUACUAGAAGCAAAGAAAGCUCUGUCAGAGGUGACGGCGUGCCUGAGGGAGCGGCUUCACCGCUGGCAGCAGAUCGAGAAGCUCUGUGGCUUCCCCGUCGUCAACAACUCAGGUCUGCCGAGCCUGACGGCCAGCCUCUACUCGGACCACAGCUGGGUGGUCAUGCCCCGAGUCUCCGUCCCGCCGUACCCCAUCGCAGGCGGUGUGGAUGACCUGGACGAGGACACGCCUCCCAUCAUUCCACAGUUCUCCACCGCCGCGUUGAUCCGACCCCCGCUGACCCGCAACAGCAGCCUGUGCCGCUCCCGCCGAAGCCUGCUGAGCCAACAGUCGUCCCUGAUGUCCCCGGACCCGGAUCUGCUGUCCAUGGCCGGCUCGUCCCUCUCCUAUCGCCCCGACGUCGACGACGAACAGUUUAUGUUCAGUUUGGAUAGGAGGGGGUAUGUAGCUGUGGCCGGAACGCCAUGGAAUGGUUUUACAGUUUGGACCAACAGAGAACCGACUCAGGACGGCAGCUCCGACACGGACUCCCUCUGCUCCACCAUCGGCCGGAAGCAGUUGCACUCCCCCGGCGCCGCCGACGCCCCGUUCCGCCGCAUCUCCCGCGAGGAGCUGCUGCUGCUGGGCCACGGCAGCCCGGAGCGCCCCGGCUCCACCCACACCACCAGCAGCAGCAGCAGCAGCAGCCUCAGGGACUCCACGCCUCCUCCUAUGCCCCCGACGCCGGCCGCCACCCCCUCCGGCCCGCCCUCCACUUCGCCGUCCCCGGCCCUGGAGCACCAGCCGUUCGCGCGGAAAGGCUCGCCCGACCUCACCCGCGUCAUACCCGAGUCCCAAAGCAUGCCGCUGUCGCAGGGCAGCGCCGCCUCUCCGACGGGCAAGGGCGUCUACAACGGCAUCCUGGAGAAGUCCUACAGCUACGGCCAGCUGCCGGCGAGCAUGCUGCCCAACGUGGGGCGCCACCCGUCUCUCACCUCGCUGGACUCGGAGGGCCGGAGCCUGGGGAGAGAUUACAAGCUCCACAGCACCUCCUCCCAGGACUCCUGCGACAACGGGGAGAAAAUUAAGCGCUCCUCGUCUAAAAUCAAAAGCUUAUUUAAGAAGAAGAAAUAAAAAAUGUUCAAAGAGAGGUAACGCGUCAUGUGUGACGGCGAGAGAGAAAACUAAACUAAGGGAAGAGUUUUAUCGCUCAUGCGUCACUGGAAGAUAAAACAUUUCCUUUUCUCUCCUGGGUUUUUUUUUUUUUUUCUUCUUUUCUGUCGUCGUCAAAGAUGGAAUGUAGCUCAGCCUGGGUGCCGUCAAACGCCCCUCAGCCUGGUAGCCUUAUUUUUCAAUAAUCCCUUUGUUUUUAGUUCUCGCAGAGAAAAAACCCGCACAGGUGGAGGAAGGAGCCGAGGCAAGCUUAAAACCUGCUCACGGUUCUCUCUUCCUUUCUUUUCUUUUCUUUGUAUUUUUUUAUUUUUUAUUUUUUUUAGUUUGAACCAAAAAAACCUCUUCGUAAAGGGUCAAAAGGUGCGGUCUUGUGCAUUUAGUUUCAAACUCACAAAGUGUAGUGUUUCACUGAAGACGUGUUGUGUGGAUGAACUCGUGUGCUUGACUCAUUUCAUUCAGAGGAGAAAGCGAGCGAGCGAGAGAGAGAGAGAGAGAGAGAAAAUAAUAAUAAUCCUGCUAAAAGUUUGUUGCACUCCUGUUUUCUUCGUGGUUGUGUUUUUUUGGGGGAGGGGGGUUUGGAAGAGAGAGAGAGAGAGAGAUUUAGAAUCAAGAUGUCAAAAUGAAGGGAGGGGGAUGAGUGAGCGGUCGCAGUGAAAACGCAGCACAGAGCCAAAAUGAUCUGACGUGCCCUCAGUGCCACUCUUUAUGGAUGUCUCUAUAUAAAUAGAAAAAAGAAAUAUAUAUAUACAUAUAAACUGUUUUCACACAAUGUUCUUAAAGGUGAUUUUAAUAGAUUUUUAAAUUUUACGGCUUCAUUGCGGACUGAAGCUGCAGCGGUCACUUUAUCUGUGUUCUUGUCGCCCUUUAUUACUUGAUUACCUGCAUCCUGUAGCCAUACAGUAACAAAAUCUACUAUCUUUAUGUUUUUUUUUUAAAUCUAUAUCUCUAUAUCCUACAGCUUUUUAAACCUGGUGUCACUACAAUGUUUGGGGGGAGGAGGGCGAAAUUGGUUUGCAGGUGCAUCUCUCAAGUAAAUUAAAUGAUCAUUGAGAAGCUUAUUUAUUUUUGUAAUGUAGUUUGAAAAGUGAAAGUUGUGUCUCGUGUAGUUUUCUUACACACAGAGUGAUGUAUUUUAAGUGUAUUUUUUUGUUUAAAGAUUUUAAUCUUUCGCAAACCUUCAAAUUGGGUUUCCAUGAUCCCUGCUCAAGGCUGCAGUCAAGAGCAUGGAGUCGAAUGUUAUCAUGUUUCCCGCCUUCAUAUAUAAAGUAAAACUGAUUCCAUGUUCAAAAUCUAAUCACUAUCUUGAACAAUAAAAGGCAAACUCAGAUUAAAAAAAAAAAAAAAACAUCUUCAAAGUUGUGUUGAUUCACGGUUUAACCAUGUAGUGUUUUUAUUUAUUUAUUUUGCUUAAAUGUUCAUACUAUUCAGCUUGUACUGAAGUCUUGAAGUGGACGGCUUUUGGGAAUUCAGCCUCCUGCAGUUUUUCCUUCCACUAAACUUAGCAUUAAUAUUCUUGGAUGCAGCACUCUAUGAGCAGCCAUCAAGUAUUAUUAAUCUCUCAUCUAGUGCGUAACUAUUUUUUUUUUCUUUUCUGAGUAACUGUUUAAUUACUUUUUUUUAGCUGCAGGUAACAAUCAAAAUGAACAGAAAUAAACACUUGAAAUGUAUCACUCUGUGUAAUGAAUAGAAGCUUCACUCUUUGAACUGAAUUAUCAGCUUAUGAACGUUGAUAUAUAUAUUUUUUUGAUGCGCCUGUAUGUGUUGAAAUUCCAGGAACACUAAGAAUAAUCUGCUGCCAAUCUGACAUCACACUGCAAGGCAACCAGACCACCCAACUGUUCAAAAAAGACAAAACAAAAAACAAUAUGCGGCAAGAAGUCAAGCUGUUUGAUCCGGAUCUGAUGAAUGAUGAACCAAGACCUGCCUCUCCUCCCUGCUUCUGACCCCCCACCGAGUCCCCACUAAGCUCGACCCACCAAUAGAGUCCUGCUCGUCACCUCCGGGGGCCCGCAGACCUCGCGCACUGAUGUCAAGAGCUUCACACUGUGAUUGCUGGCCGCUUCCUCUCGUCCCGGAUCUGGGUGUCACCGCUGCAGUUUGGGAACGCAACGGUGCUCCAGCAGCAUCUAGGAGGUCGCCGAGCUGAGGAUCCAAUGUGCGGUUUUAAAACUAGGAGGAGAAAGAGAAACAAAACAAAAAACUCAUACAUGUGAGAGGUUGUCGGGCAACGGAGCGCGCAAUGAAGGGAAUGCAGGACAGGGCUGCUCGGUGGGGAGGGAGUGAAUGUUUACGAGGAAUGUGGGGGUUUGAGGAUAUUUUGUGUGUGUGGAUAUUUGUACACUGUAGAAGAAUUAAUAAUAAUAAAAAUAAAAAUAAAAAAAAAGGAAGCAA